GCUAGUGAACCACCAUGAGGCUUGCUACUUCAAAUUCCGAGUUCCCUGCUAAGCAGGCUGGAGCAAACUUGACGAUAUUUGUACUUGCCUCAAAUUGCUUGUCUGGUGGCCAUCGUAGAUUUCUGAUAUGGCUUCCUCUGCUCCAGCGGUGAUCGCAGCUGUUUCAGGAAUUGGUUCAGCGAUGCUCCCAAUCGCUCCAGUAAUGCUCCCAUUUGCUCCAACAAUAUUCCCAGUUGCGUCAUUAAUCGCUAUCCCAUCGCUAGCGGUAGGCUGGUGGACGCAAAAAUCCAAGAGAGGGAAAGCAGAAAAGGAGGUAAAUGAAACGAAAGAAAAGGCGCCGACAGCCGAUGCUGCAGAGGCUCUUCGCAGAGCAGAGGAAGAGAGGCUCGCGACUGAGCGUAGAUGGUUAGAAGGAGUUCGCCCCGAGUGUCGUCCUUCGGAGGAGGAUAUUGUUCGGAUGAAGGCCGAGUAUCUUUAUAACCCAAACUUCCUCCACCUCGCGGUCGUUGGCUCUUCUGGAGCUGGGAAGUCAUCCUUUAUCAACGCCGUCCGCGGCUUAUCCAACAACGACCCCACCGGCGCUCGUACGGGGAUUGUUGAAAUGACCAAUGAAGUCACGAGAUACCCUGAUCCACGCCCAAACUCCCGAAUCGUUUGGUAUGACGUUCCUGGAGCUGGAACUUUAAACGUGCCUGACUGGCAGUACUUCAAUGACCUGGGCCUCUACAUCUUCGACUGCAUCAUUGUGCUCGUCGACAACCGUGUCUUGGACUCCGACCUCGCCAUCCUCCACGCCUGCGAGCAGUUCAGGAACGUCGAGGCGUUCAUUGUGCGCUCCAAGUCGGACCAGCACAUCAACAACAUGGCGCACGACAAGAUGGGGCCAGGUUUCGACCUUGCUGACACGGACGACGAGACUCGUGCUCAAUUUCAGCAAAUGAAAUCGGAAGAACGCACGAGGUUCAUCAAGGAAACGCGCGAGAAUGUGCAAAUGAACCUCGACAAAAAGAACCUCUCUCCUAAGAAGGUCCAUAUCGUUUGCAAGGACGCCUUGCUUGCGACAUUAAGAAACGCGCGUUCCUCGAAGGCAAUUGACGAGGCAGAGCUUCUGAGUGAUGUUGGAGAAUGCGUGCUUAGGCGUCUGCAGUCGGGAUGUUAAAGUUUCUACCCGUGACUAGACCUGUACAGACAGCCCCAUUGCUCUGGACACGUAAUCCUG